AUGUCCGACCAAGAGAGGCUUGAGAAUCUUUUUGCGAAUCCAUUUGCUCCGUCUAGGCCACCAAGACUUGCUGAAAAGGAGUUCGUAUACACACCAUCUGCCUAUGUUCAAAUGAUUGAUCAAAUGAUCGGUUCUCGUACUCGUCCCUGGAAUCCUGAACGAAAUCCGAUCAGACCAAAACAGAUGCUGACCUUACCAGAAAUGUCACGAGAAGAGUUGUUCAUCUCGCGAGCGAUGGAAAACUGCGUUGUAAAGUCGACAAUCGCUGGAGUACUUGGAUUUGGAGUUGGUGUUGCUUUUGGUUUAUUUACUGCCUCCGUCGAUCCGUCGCUAUCUAUGGUUGGUGGCGACCCAACUAAGCAGCUCACUUUGAAAGAAACGUGGAAAGAAAUGAGUGGAAGAAUGAAAUCUUAUGGAAAGAAUUUUGGAUCUAUUGGCCUCAUGUUUUCCGGCACUGAGUGUAUCCUAGAAACAGUACGAGCCAAAAGCGACUGGCGAAACGGAACGUACUCAGGAGCCAUCGUAGGAGGUAUUCUCGGCUUACGAGCAGGUAUUAAGCCUGCGCUUUGGGGAGCUGCUGGUUUUGCUGCUUUCUCAACACUCAUCGAUCACUGGAUGAGAGGCUAA